AUGCAUGAAUCGGAAAAUUCUUCACCAAUGUCUUCACCGCGUUCCAUUCGUGAAUACCAUCAAGGAAAUGGUACUUUACGUGGUGGAGGUCUACAGAAAGUAUUUUAUGAUGGACCGACUUUUAAAGCAUACAAACGAAAAUUAGAUUAUCGAAUGGGAUAUUGUAUCCUGGGUUCUUUGGUCACAAUCGCUACCAUACUAACUAUUUUUGGGUUCUUCCAUGAAACUGCUCAUGAAGGGUUGCUAGAGUAUAUCAAAUCAACCCGUCAAAUGCUUAUUGAUUUAUUGCCUUCUACAGUAUCACCGACUCUUGCAGUAUCUGCGAUCACUGCAGCUAGUUAUACUCCAGUUAAUACUGAUGUUAUAAAACCAAAGCUAUCAUCUACUGAUAGCACAGAGUCCAACAAUGCACCUAGUAAUGAUAUGGUUUUGUUGAUGACAGCAUUAACAAAUUAUACAACCAUCAAAAGCAAUAAUGAGUUAGAAGAAGACAGCAAAGAAUAUCUAAAUUUCCCUCAUAAGGAAUUAAAUACAUGUUAUGGAUCAAAUGAAAUCAAUGAAGAGAAGUGUUUAGUAGUUGAUGAACUCAACAAAUAUCACGACAUUUUACAAAGCUCCCAUAUAGCUUUAUGGAAUUUAGCUAUGGUUAAUAUUAUUAUUGCAAUGAUGCUUACACCAUUUGCGCUUAUAUUCAAUUUUGAGCUUGUCAAAAAUAACUGCUACAAAUUAAUCUAUCGUGUGAUGUUACUUCUGACACUAUUCUUCAUGGCAGUGCAAUUAAUUAUUUUGAUCAAUCCACUGCUUUAUAAUUCUUUUAUUCAUCCUGAUAUUGUUGAUAAACUUUUCAUCGAAAAACUUCCACGAGAAAAAAAACUAACUGACCAAGUGGAAUCACGAUUUGCUUGUCAGUUUGAUUACAUCAGUCAGUUGGUUGAGCUUAACCUGCAAGAACCUUGCAUUCCUCGAAUAAAGAAUAUGCUUCUUUUGCCAUAUGCAGUGAUAUUAUUGAUAAUGAUUGAUCUAAUCCCAUUUAUAUUUGCAUUUUUUACGUAUGCUUGGGAUAAAUGGCUCAAGGAUUCAUCAUUGUGCAGUAAUGCCAGAAGUCGCAUUGAACUUAACAAUCAGCGAAGGUAA